AUGGAGCUCAAAUUGGACACCAGCGAGUCGCACAUCUACGUGUGGCCAGGCAGCACGGUCAACGAGGAAGGGCAGAGCGCCCAGGCUCCACGGGACGAUGCGGUGCUCGUCGCCUUCAUCACUUUGUCCAUCCCAGCCAAGAGCUCUCCUCCCAGCCGCAUCCAUUGCCUAUCGGUCACGCUCGAGGCUGUCGAGAACAUUGGCGUGAGUUUGCGUGCGCACAUUUGCCUGGUCAACGCGUCGCCUGGUCGCGUCAAAUUAACCUUUUCCCACAUCCUCAUCGACAGUUUCCAAGCGGCUCUUACGAGACCAAUCGGCCCUUCAAGGUCAGGUGUGCCAGCGAGCAAGCGAUCGACAUGCCCAUCGAGGCUGGCAAAUCCUACAGGUCAGCAUUGUCUCGCCCGUUCGCUCUUGGCAGGAUGUCAGCGCCCCGCAGCUCACGCUCAUCUCUUCUCACGCAGAUGGGAGCUGCCAUUGUCCAUUCCGCAUGACGUCGUCCCUUACGAGAGGUGCAAUCUUGGUCGCGUCUACUUUCGAUUAUCCACCAAGCUACACUUUGGCGGCAACUUCAUCACAAGACGAACUUUGAGCGCGUCGAAGGACAUGUUCAUCAUUGCCGUUCCCAGUGAGGACAAUGUGCUGGAUUACGCCCAAAGCCACGGCACCUUUGUGGAGCACCUCGGACCCGUCGCGUUGGCCGUCCGAUCUCAGCACAUGACCGUAGGCGGCUAUGCUAGGCUAGCCUUGUCUUUACCCAGUCCGUCACCCACACUGGUGUUGGACCAAUUCUCGCUGAGCGUCGUACAGAAUACCACACUCCACAGUCGACAAAGCGAACGGAUAGAAAGGGCCAGACCAGAGAGCAGGGUCAUCACAGCCAUAGAGUUCGAUGAGCUCUUGUCCAAGAGACUGCCAGACGGUACAUAUGAAGGCAACUGGAUCGCUCGCAUGCCCCACGACAGCCAGAUCAGGUGAGUGCGCGAAAGUCAGACUGUAAAGUGCUUCUUGGCACUUACUAGCAAUCUGUGACACCUCGUUCAGGUCAAGCACGCUAGCGGCGAGCAAAGCUGCGAUACGAUUGUCCCACUCUCUAGAGGUUCGCAUCAUCUAUCGACCAGACGAUCUGCCAAGCACCAAGCCUUUGCUGUAUCGCGCCAGUUGGUCCUUGAUAUUGCCCCACUGUGCAUGCAUGUGGUGGGUUGCGGCUAGUCGCUGCGGGUACUUUUGCUUUUGUAUGCUGACAAUUCUGCCCUCACGUACGACAGGCGGUCGAUGAGACUGCCGUCCUACUCGAUCGCAGACCCGUGCCCCGUACCUGAGCGAGGCCGCGACGAUUGGAUGCCAGAGCGCUACGCCAAUAUUCACGUCUCUCAUUCUGGAUGUGCAUGCGGAGAGACGCUAGAGACACUGUUGGCGUGGGAGGAUGAGGUGGACGAUGAGCAGGACGUGUGCACGACGCGUAUGAUGUGGGAGGACAUGAGAAGGCAGUGGGAGCGACGAGGUCCGGGUAGUGCGGCAGCAGCGCGAGCGGAGCACUUGCGACAACAGCAUUACAGACGAAUGGCCAACGAGCAUGCCGAGAUCGCGCAAGGUGGACCAGCUGCUAUUGAUACGCUUACACCAGACAGCGGUUCGGGAGGACAACCUGCUGCCAGCUCGCUACCCACCUCGCCCGAUGGUGCUCCCAACGCGGACGGAUUGCCGCCUAUGCCACCCGCUUUCGAGUUUCCACCCUCGCCCGAAGAGAACGAGACGGAAGAAGAGAGGGAGAGAAGGUUCCAAUCGGCCAAAUCUGCUCAACAGUACGUCUCUGUCACGCCCUACCCAUCUUGA